AUGGAAAUCAGUUCCCCUUCAACCAAGCAGCUCUCUCUCUCUCGGACCGAUUCUUACCUGACCCUUGAUGAACCAAUGAAUAACAUCACCACAUCCCUGGGCCAGACAGCAGAACUGCACUGCAAAGUCUCUGGGAAUCCACCUCCCACCAUCCGCUGGUUCAAAAAUGAUGCUCCUGUGGUCCAGGAGCCCCGGAGGCUCUCCUUUCGAUCCACCAUCUAUGGCUCUCGGCUGCGGAUUAGAAACCUCGACACCACAGACACAGGCUACUUCCAGUGUGUGGCAACAAACGGCAAGGAGGUGGUUUCUUCCACUGGAGUCUUGUUUGUCAAGUUUGGCCCCCCUCCCACUGCAAGUCCAGGAUACUCGGAUGAGUAUGAAGAAGAUGGAUUCUGUCAGCCAUACAGAGGGAUUGCAUGUGCAAGAUUUAUUGGCAACCGCACCGUCUACAUGGAGUCUUUGCACAUGCAAGGGGAAAUAGAAAAUCAGAUCACAGCUGCCUUCACUAUGAUUGGCACUUCCAGUCACUUAUCUGAUAAGUGUUCUCAGUUCGCCAUUCCUUCCCUGUGCCACUAUGCCUUCCCGUACUGUGAUGAAACUUCAUCCAUCCCAAAGCCCCGUGACUUGUGUCGCGAUGAAUGUGAAAUCCUGGAAAAUGUCCUGUGUCAAACAGAGUACAUUUUUGCAAGAUCAAAUCCCAUGAUUCUGAUGAGGCUGAAACUGCCAAACUGUGAAGAUCUCCCCCAGCCAGAGAGCCCAGAAGCUGCAAACUGUAUCCGGAUUGGAAUUCCCAUGGCAGACCCUAUAAAUAAAAAUCACAAGUGUUAUAACAGCACAGGUGUGGACUACCGGGGGACCGUCAGCGUGACCAAAUCAGGGCGCCAGUGCCAGCCGUGGAAUUCCCAGUAUCCACACACACACACCUUCACCGCACUUCGUUUCCCAGAGCUGAAUGGAGGCCAUUCCUACUGCCGCAACCCAGGGAAUCAGAAGGAAGCUCCCUGGUGCUUCACCUUGGAUGAAAACUUUAAGUCUGAUCUGUGUGACAUCCCAGCUUGCGAUUCAAAGGAUUCCAAGGAGAAGAAUAAAAUGGAAAUCUUGUACAUACUUGUGCCAAGUGUUGCCAUUCCCCUGGCCAUUGCUUUACUCUUCUUCUUCAUUUGCGUCUGUCGCAAUAACCAGAAGUCAUCAUCACCACCAGUCCAGAGGCAACCAAAACACGUCAGAGGUCAAAAUGUAGAGAUGUCAAUGCUGAAUGCAUAUAAACCCAAGAGCAAGGCUAAAGAGCUGCCUCUUUCUGCUGUACGCUUUAUGGAAGAAUUGGGUGAAUGUGCCUUUGGAAAAAUCUAUAAAGGCCAUCUCUAUCUCCCAGGCAUGGACCAUGCUCAGCUGGUUGCUAUCAAGACCUUGAAAGAUUAUAACAAUCCCCAGCAAUGGACAGAAUUUCAACAAGAAGCCUCCCUAAUGGCAGAACUGCACCACCCCAAUAUUGUCUGCCUGCUAGGUGCCGUCACUCAGGAACAACCUGUGUGCAUGCUUUUUGAAUAUAUGAAUCAGGGGGAUCUCCAUGAGUUCCUCAUCAUGCGAUCCCCACACUCUGAUGUUGGCUGCAGUAGUGAUGAAGAUGGGACUGUGAAAUCCAGCCUGGACCAUGGAGAUUUUCUGCACAUUGCAAUUCAGAUUGCAGCCGGCAUGGAAUACCUGUCUAGUCACUUCUUUGUCCACAAGGAUCUUGCAGCUCGCAAUAUUUUAAUCGGAGAGCAACUUCAUGUAAAAAUUUCAGACUUGGGGCUUUCCAGAGAAAUUUACUCCGCUGAUUACUACAGAGUCCAGAGUAAGUCCUUGCUGCCCAUUCGCUGGAUGCCGCCUGAAGCCAUCAUGUAUGGCAAAUUCUCUUCCGAUUCAGAUAUCUGGUCCUUUGGGGUUGUCCUGUGGGAGAUUUUCAGUUUUGGACUCCAGCCAUAUUAUGGAUUCAGUAACCAGGAAGUGAUUGAGAUGGUGAGAAAACGGCAGCUCUUACCAUGCUCUGAAGACUGCCCACCCAGAAUGUACAGCCUCAUGACAGAGUGCUGGAAUGAGAUUCCUUCCAGGAGACCAAGAUUUAAAGAUAUUCACGUCCGGCUUCGGUCCUGGGAGGGGCUGUCAAGUCACACCAGCUCUACUACUCCUUCGGGGGGAAAUGCCACCACACAGACAACCUCCCUCAGUGCCAGCCCAGUGAGUAAUCUCAGUAACCCCAGAUAUCCUAAUUACAUAUUCCCGAGCCAGGGUAUUACACCACAGGGCCAGAUUGCUGGUUUCAUUGGCCCACCAAUACCUCAGAACCAGCGAUUCAUUCCCAUCAAUGGAUACCCAAUACCUCCUGGAUAUGCAGCGUUUCCAGCUGCCCACUACCAGCCAACAGGUCCUCCCAGAGUGAUUCAGCACUGCCCGCCUCCCAAGAGUCGGUCCCCAAGCAGUGCCAGUGGGUCGACUAGCACUGGCCAUGUGACUAGCUUGCCCUCAUCAGGAUCCAAUCAGGAAGCAAAUAUUCCUUUACUACCACACAUGUCAAUUCCAAAUCAUCCUGGUGGAAUGGGUAUCACCGUUUUUGGCAACAAAUCUCAAAAACCGUACAAAAUUGAUGCAAAGCAAGCAUCUUUGCUAGGAGAUGCCAAUAUUCAUGGACACACCGAAUCUAUGAUUUCUGCAGAACUGUAAAAUGCACAACUUUUGUAAAUGUGGUAUACAGGACAAACUAGACGGCCGUAGAAAAGAUUUAUAUUCAAAUGUUUCUAUUAAAGUAAGGUUCUCAUUUAGCAGACAUCGCAACAAGUAUCUUCUGUGAAGUUUGACUGUGUCUUACCAAGCAGGACAGACACUAGGCCAGAAAAAAAAAAAAACAUUGUGGGAUGUACACUCCAUUGGAGUGCAUGACAUGGCAUUGGGAUUGGAACAUGUGGUUUCAAGUACUGAAAACUGCACACCAGUGAAGAGAAAAAGAAUCUUGUGAUUAAAUAUAAAACCAAAAGUCAAAUGGUGCUUUGUGUUUUAGCCUUCAGUCACCAUGACUGGUCUCUCCCCCAGAUGUAUAUAUACCAUAGCAUUUGUCUACCUGCUGUCUUUUCUUCAGGACGGAUGUUCAGGAAUUAUAUUGAUUCGGUUUAGACUCUGCGCAUGUUCUUAUGGAAAUGAUGUUCAGAAUCAAUGAAGAAACUUCAGGCCAAAUUUGAAACCCUGGAGGGAAAUGAGCCAUAAGACAAGUAUAACAAGCCCUGA